AUGGAUGAGGUCGGUGGUUGCCCAUAUUGUCAUCGGACUUUCAGGGAUAGCUCUGAACUUUGGGAUCAUAUUAAUAACUUAACUUGUGAAAGCGGGCCUUUACCUUCUCCCGCUGCACUAAACGAUGUACCAAGUCUUCCACCAAGUCCUCCACCUCGUUCUUCCGAUUCUACUAUUUCGCAACCCGAAAAGAGAGCUGCAGACUACAAUUUAGUACCUGAAAGAAUGAGUGCCACUGUUCCCUCUAGUGAAUUUCACAAUGGAGACAAUCUUUCUUUCGACAUGAAUGCGAUAAGAACCAACUUGCCUUCUGUUUCGCGAUUACCACAAUCUGGAAGUCAGUCAACAAAACCUGUAACGAGUGAAUUACUAAAUAAAAAUUUGUUUUCCAAAAAGGAGUUUCCUACGUUAGAAUCAAAGGUAUCAUCAGAAUUUUCUCAGCCGCCUAAAUGGAAAUGUACAUUAUGCGAUGUCGAAUUCGCACAGAAACAGGCUAUGAUAGCUCAUGUUCGAAGUGCUGAGCACGAAGCCAGAAUUUCAUCAAACGCCACAUCCGCAGGUGAUUGUUCUCAGUCUCUCGCUCAACCUAAACCACCUAUUCCCGUUAUUCACACUAAUGAUGCCAACGCCACCAAUAUGGCCAACACUUGCAGUAAAGAAGGUGAUCUUGUUCUUUUAAUUCGUCAAAUAGUUAGAGAGGAGCUGCGUUCGAUUUUUCAACCAUAUUUUGAUGGUGGCAAAAAGCCUAACCAUUCACCACCGUUACCCUCAAAUAAUAUGCAAACGGAAAAUUACGACACCAAAUUCAUACAAAUUAAUGGACAAUUUAUCCGUUGUGAAGCUUGCAAUUGUUCUGUAUCGUCGUUAGCCAACCUCUCCCCUCAUGUCGCAGGAAAGAGACACAGGAUUUCUGUUGCCAAACUGACUGCCCUCGGCUCACAUCCUUGA